AUGGGAAUAGUUUUUGCUAACCUUGUGCUUAUUUGUGUUUUAAAUAAUCGUCGUUAUAUCAAAUAUAUUGAAAAUCAGCCAAGGUACCUGUUGACAUCACUAGCUCUGAACGAUUUGUUUACGGGUAUUCUCAUAGCUCCUGUGGCGCUAUUACCAGCGUUAUACAAGUGCUGGCCGUACGGAGAAAUAUUUUGUCAAAUCCAAGCUUUAUUAAGAGGUGCCGUCAGUCAACAAAGUGCGGUUAUAUUAGUGUGUAUGGCGAUAGACAGGUAUUUGUACUUGCUCCACCCAAAUACCUAUCACAAGCAUUCAAGUAAAAAGGGUUGCGUGUUGGUUAUAAGUGUUACUUGGAUUUUAUCAGUGUCAUUGUUUGCUCUAAUGGUUCUGCCUAGAUCUGGGUACUAUUUUAAUUCUACUGGUUUAAUGGCAUGUGAUGUAUUUCAUAGCAGAGUAGCUUUCAGAAUUUUAUCAUGUUGUGCUUAUUAUUUUCCGACUACCAUGGCACUUAUGUAUUGCUAUGGAUCAGGAUUUCAUGUUAGCAAAACGAGGAAUAAAUACGAUCAUGAGCCAGCGAGACCGAACGGUAUACCAGUGGCAUGCCCGAAGAGUUCACACAGAGAAGUAGAAACUGUUCAAAUUCAACCACCGAUCAGGCCGCACAGCGUCAGCACUUCUCGUACAAUGGCUGCAAUGUCUUUAGGUUUCAUUGUAAUGGUAACUCCAGCUACAAUAAAAGAGGUUGUUGCUGCAUGCACUGGAUGCAAAGUUCCACCAUCGCUGGACUUCAUAGUUACUUGGUUGGCUUUAAGUAACAGUUUUUGGAAUCCUUUUCUUUACUGGCUUCUAAACGGACAUUUUAGGAGGAUAAGUAACGACCUCGUCCAGUAUUAUGUUUGCUGUCGAAGAAAGAAGACUUUUUCUGUAUACGAAAAAACUGCAGCUUGUUGUGGUUCACCAAUUACAUCGGAAGGCUUACAUUCAAAAGGUGAAUUUGAAGGGCUCGGAGAAAAAUAUUGGGGGGAAAUUUUAGAGCGUACGGUUUCAUCAACUUCUUUACACGCUAUUCAAAAGGCCUGCCACAGAGAUGUCCUCAGAUGCACCGGAUCAUUCAAGGGUUGUCCCAAUAGUUGCAAACAUGAUCUUAGAUUUUUUGAUGGGUAUGGUCCAACAGAUUAUAGGCAACUAGAUCGUUCUGCAUUUCAGAUAGAAUCUUGUUCUAGACAAUGUAAGAUGAAGAAUUCAGACUUCUGCCUAUUUAGACCAAACUUUGAAAUUGAACCUGGUCGUUCUCGUUCUAAUUUGAGUUUAGAUGAAGGGAAUCUAAGCAAAAUGUGCAAUGGUAGGCAUUCAGAGUUGUGA